CAUGCUCCAAAUACAAUUAAACUAAACGUGGUGCUUUAUCCGAACCGGGUUCUGGAUUUCGAGAUAAAGUACGACGCAGAGUCUACUCCCAAUCAAUAUGUACUGCUCCGCAACAUCUCUCCACUGAACGUGACUACUCGAACCAAUGGGGCGACGCUCUUCGUCACCAUCGGAAACGACGACAGAUUUGUACCACCAGUGGAUUUCCCAAACAAGCCAACAACUUCAACAGAAUCGCUCAGUUUCAAGACGACCGUCAUUCCUGGCAGUGACAUUUUUGCCUUUCAAGUCAUCAGGCAAUCCACCGGCACCAUCCUAUGGGACACUUCAAUUGGUGGAAUGCAGUUUGCGGACAAGUUCAUUCAAAUCGCCACUAAUCUUCCGUCUCGGAACAUUUUCGGCUUUGGAGAACAUAUUCAUCAGCGACUCAGGCAUGACCUUUCACGUUACACUGUUUGGCCGAUGUUUGCCAGAGAUAUUGGGCCAGAUUCAAGCAGCCCUCUCAGUACACAGAAUCUCUACGUUGUCAUAUCCAUUCUAUACUUUGUGAGUGUCGAAAAUGACAGCAAAGCUCAUGGUGUCCUUAUUUUGAACUCGAAUGCGCAGGAAGUCGUCACUGGACCUGGCCCACACUUAAUUUACCGCACGAUUGGAGGCCGACUGGAUCUGGCGUUCUUCCCUGGUCCAACACCCGAAGAGGUUGUCCAACAAUAUUUGGCCUACAUUGGCCAUCCUUUCCUGCCGGCCUACUGGGCGCUUGGAUAUCAGCUCUCUCGCUGGGGUUAUGCCAACCUGGACGCUAUGAAGGCCGUGGUUGCACGUGUUCAGGCGGCUGGGGUCCCUUUGGACGUUGCCUACGCUGAUAUCGACUACAUGAAUCGCUAUAGGGACUUUACGGAAGGGCCAGACUGGGCCGGUUUUGGUGCAUAUGUGGAUGAUCUGCAUAAAAAUGGUCUUCAUCUCAUUCUCAUUUUUGACCCGGCCAUCGAAGCGGAUUAUGCAAGCUUCCAGAGAGCUCGGGAUCCAGGUCUGUUUUUGAAGAACGCAUCAUUCAUCGAAUGGGCCGAUAAGUCUCAAGUACCUACAAGCCUUCAGAAUCAGUAUCCCAUGGUCGCUGACAGUUUGAUUAUGCUAGGAAAUGUUUGGCCAGACAAUAACACAGCAAUGCCGGAUUUCCUUGACCCUACCAACAACACGCUUCGAUGGUGGAUUUCUGAAUAUCAACUCUUCCAUAAAACUGUGGGAUUUGAUGGCGUUUGGAUCGAUAUGAAUGAACCGUCGAAUUUCGAUACUGACACCUACAGCGGACAGCCAACCAGUAACAAUCGCCGCCUUGCAUGCCCAAUCACGGGUCCAGGAUCAGAAUUCGACAAUCCACCCUAUCAGACAUAUGCGGUGUACAACCGACCAGGAGAGCACUUGUGCUCAAAAACCUUGUGCAUGCUUGGGAAAACAGGCAGACGUACUAUGGACUUCUACAACACGAAAAAUCUCUAUGGAAUGUCCGAAGCGAAGGCCACGAUCCAAGCCUUGUCGGCCACAACUGGAAAACGAGGAGCGAUAAUCUCAAGGUCAACAUUUCCUUCUUCUGGACGUUACGGUGGUGUCUGGCUAGGCGACAACACAGCUACAUGGAAAGACUUACAGACUUCUGUCAUUGGAGUAAUGGAGUUCAACUUCUUCGGCCUUCCCUACGUUGGUUCGGACAUUUGCGGUUUCAACGGGAUCACUACAGAGGAACUGUGCUUGCGAUGGCAUCAAAUGGGAGCUUUCCAUCCUUUCUGCAGAAAUCACAACGCCGAGUUUCUCCCUGCUCAAGAUCCAGCCGUAUGGCCAUCGGUCGCGAAAGCUGCUCGAAUCGCUCUCGGAUUCCGCUACAAGUACCUCCCAUACCUGUACAGUCUGCUUUAUGCCGCGGCUCUCGACGGUCACACAGUGAUUCGACCGCUGUUCUUCGAGUACCCUACCGAUUUCAUUGCCAUGGAAAUCGAUCACCAGUUCCUUUGGGGUUCGGCAAUCAUGGUGGCACCGGCUCUGGAAAAGGGAGGGCUCUAUUGGGAUGCUGGAGAUGACCUCUACGAUAGUAUCGACACCCACAAAAGGCAUCAUUGGAGUUUCAUGUUUUCGUCUGACAGUUCCACAUCCACUCUACGUGGCAAAUGCGAUGGAUGUGACCCGAGUGUCCAGAAUUACAAAAACCACUGGGACGUGAUCGAGAUCCUGGGCUACGACUUCUAUCCCAGCUUCGCUUCCUUCACACUGAACGGAGUCAAGGUCAACAUUGACACUCAGUCCUCAAGCUAUAUGGCGCUAUCUCGUCGACUGUACAUUUCGACGAAGAAUCUGAUCAACCUUUCCACAACUCAAGAUUUCCAACUCUCCUGGUCUCAUCAACCGGUCAACGAAGAUUCUUGA